AAGGUCCCCUCAGCCCGACGCCGCAGGGACCGGGCCCAGGGGGCGGGAGCGCACCCGGGAGGUACCCCCGAGAAGCCAUGGAACUGGGCGGCAAGAAGAAGCUUCACGCCCUGUCCCUGGCAGAGAAGAUCCAGGUGCUCGAGCUCCUGGAUGAGUCCAAGAUGUCCCAGUCGGAGGUGGCCCGACGUUUCCAAGUCUCUCAGCCUCAGAUCUCCCGGAUUUGCAAGAAUAAGGAGAAACUGCUGGCGGACUGGUGCAGCGGCACAGCCAACCGGGAGCGCAAACGCAAGCGAGAGUCCAAGUACAGCGGCAUCGACGAGGCCCUCCUGUGCUGGUACCAUAUCGCGCGGGCCAAGGCCUGGGACAUCACGGGCCCCAUGCUGCUGCACAAAGCCAAGGAGCUGGCUGACCUCAUGGGCCAGCACUUUGUGCCCAGCAUCGGCUGGCUGGUGCGCUGGAAGCGCCGCAACAACGUGGGUCUGGGGGCCCGCCACGGCCUCCCUCCUCCUCCUCUUCCUCCUCGGACUUCCCCAGAGCCUCCUCCCCUGGGCUCUGACCCCCAUACUCCCAUUACCCUGAAAGACUUUUCCCCAGAUGAUAUAUUUGGCUGCACCGAGGUGCCCUUGUUGUAUCGGGCAGUCCCAGGUAGGGUGGUGUCGAGUGAUCAGUUACAGGUGUUACUGUGUGCCAACAGUGGAGGGACAGAGAAGCGUCGGCUGAUGGUCGUGGGAGGCCGUCAGCCUUCUCCGCGGUGCUUCUUUGGGGUCAGCAGUGAGGCCCUGCCUGUCCUCUACCGCCCAGGCCCAGGGAUCCCAUGGGCAGACUGGCUGGCCCAGUUGGACCAGGACAUGGGGCAGCAAGGCCGACACGUGGCCUUGUUGCUGACUGCCCACCCGGCCAGGCAGGGUGCAGACCUGCCUGAGCUUCAGCACGUGAGGCUGUUGCCUCUGCCUGCUGAUGGUACCAUGCCCUGCUUACCCACUCCGGUGGUGCGGGACUUCAAGACCCGUUACCGGCACCGCCUCCUGAGUAAGCUGGCCGCUCUCCGAGGGGAGACAGAGGGCACGUCUCUGGCCGAUGCUGGGGCAGGCAUCACGGUGCUCGAUGCCUUGCAUAUGAUGGCAGCCGCCUGGGACAGAGUGCCCGCCAGCUUCAUCAGGAGCAGCUUUGCCCUCGCUGGCCUAUGGCCCAGCAGAACUGCUCCGUCUACGAGAGAAGUGCCCAAGAUGCCCCCCCUGCCCGAUGGACUGAGACCUGAAGAAUUUUCCCGUUUUGUGGACCUGGAGGGUGAGGAGGCAGACAAGGGACGAUGCAAGGAAGAAGUGAUCAGUGAGGGCGAGGAGGAGAACAGGGACGACGGCUUCGUGCCUCUGCCGACCAAAGCAGAUGCCUUGCGGGCACUGGGCACCUUGCGGCGAUGGUUUGAGUGUAACGGAGCUUCCCCUGAACUUUUUGGGAAAUUUUAUGACUGUGAAGAGGAGGCAGAACGCAUGUGCUACCAGUGAGGGCCCCCCAGGCCCAUCAGAGUCCCCACCUUCUUGUUUCCCGUGGAAACGCUCACAGAGGGCACUUGGGGAUUUCUUUCCCAUGGAAAUAAGGCUUCUUCAUGUUGAGAGGAGAGAAGCUGGGACACCCAAGGCCAGGCUGUGAAGGCUUCUUCAUCCUUGAGCAGAAGUGGCGCAGAGAAUUCUGAAUAUAUUGCCUAGUAAUACUUUAACCCUCUUGGAAAUUCUAGGGUAUUAGACCAGAAACCACCAACAGGGAAACUAAGAGCUUGGGUAUGGGGAAUCUACUAGGCUUUACAGGCAGCAUGAGAACUCCAUGAAUUCUGUUUUUAAAACCAAUUCUGCUGGUGGCAAUCAAGGCUUAAAACGGGGAGCCUGGGUGGCAUUUGUACAAGACCAGAGGGAUUCGGGCAGUCGGCAGAGGGCGGGUCGCCGACACCUUCCCAGCUCCCAGGCUGAGCCUUUCAGCAUUGACUCCAGAUUGCUGCCUUUCCCCCCCCCCCCCCCCCCCCCCCCCGAAGAUCAUGGUGGGUGGAGCUGCAGCUCAGGCUUCCAAUCAGGACGAGUCAAAAGAAUAUUCUUUCAGAAGGAUUCCAGAGCACCUCAAGUGAAGGGGAAGCCACAUUAACCACUCGGUAGCACAUAUCCCCAGCAUGAAAAGAUUGAGUCCAAGAAAUAACUGUCAAGUAGCUAAGGAGAGGAGUGGUGUACCAGGGAGUCCUACAGAGAAAACAAGAGUGAAUGGUCCUUUGGCAUGUCAAGGCCAGGGCCCUAAUUUUCCUAAAGAAAGUUUUCAGCUCUUGCUUCUUCCUUGGCUUUUUGUAGACAUCUCCUUUCCCUAGGAGAAACAGGUCAGGGGGCUGACCGCCUGAUGAGGACAUCUGGCCAGUCCUGUUACUCUUUCAAAGCUCAGAACUUCUAGACUAGUGGAGAGGACACUGGUGACCAGGGAAGAGACAGACCUUCUAACUCAACCUGGGUCUCCAAAGUCACUGUGGGUCAAGGAAAAUAGCAGACUUCCUUUGCUACCCUAAAGGCCGAGGUGUGCAUUGGUACCUGUAUAGGAAGUACGUUCGCAUAAAAAUCACUGAGUCCGACUGAUAUUGGGAGAGCUCUGCCAGAUGACUUUGGGCACAUCACCCUCUGCACCUUGGAGCUCUGGCUGUAAGAUCGCCUCAAACCAAGAGCCCGAAGAGAAGUCACCAGCUGUAAAGGGCAGAGUUUCAAGGGAUUUUUGUGUUUUUCUUGCCAAUCCUGGGGUAGUAAAUGACUAAGGAGAGCAAGAUGGAGAGUGUGGGAGGAAAUCACGGCCUGGGGUUGCAGCUAUCCUCACUCCCUGGGUCCAGGGAGUGGUCUAUCACCCCAAAUGAUGCACUGGGCCCUAGAAAGGCUCCUAGCUUCAGGGACAAGCCAGCCUGGGAAAAGCCUGCCCUUGGCACUUACUCGACACCAGCAUCUCCUUGACCCUUAAUACUGGGUUUGGCUAUGGGUAUGGUGGUCUCAGCGCAUUCAUUUUUUUAAAGCAAUAAGCAACCUUAUGAUUAUUCAUUUACAACUUUAUACAGAUUUGUUAUUCAGCUAGAAUGGGGGAGGAAGGAAGCAUUCAAUAGUUUGAGGACAGUCCCUUGUUCCAGGGUACUUUGGGAUUCAAGACUACACAGGUAUGGUUUUCCUCCUCAUCCCUCCUUUUUUCGCCCCAAGAUUUUGAGCCACUGUAAGAAAAUACUCCAAAACCCCUUGAAAUUUCCAUUUCAGACUUUAGGUUAGGCAGUGCCCUGCUGUCACUGACCCGCUUUGUUACAGGGCUCAGGAGGAAGAACCCAAAGGAAAACCAUAGCCGGGAGUGUCUUCUGAACUAAUAAUGAGAUCAGACGAGUAAGAGCUGCAAGGGAGCAUGGGGUCCACUGUUCCCUUUACGGAUGAUGCUGGGAAGCUCAGCAAUGACUUGCCCAAGGUUACAUAGCGAGGAAGUAGCAGAUCUAGCAAUCAGCCAAGCCAGGAUCUGAACCCUAGUCUUCUGACCCUGUAGCUAGUGCUCUCUAGGUAGAAUCAGAGUAAUCUUUCCCCUAGAAUUACCGAGCUGGAAGGUCAUCUUCUCUGGCCCCUGCCUCUAGGAAGGUCAGGGAUGAACUGAUUUCUAUUUUUAAAAGGUCUUCAAGAAUAAAGAUUCUAUUUCCUCCCUCA